AUGGCAGAAUCAGCUCCAGCUCAAGCCGCUGCGCCGGCCAAAGCAGCAGCCAAGAAGAAGGUGGUGUCCAAGCCGAAGAAGGUUGGUCCCAGCGUGGCGGAGCUCAUCGUCAAAGCUGUGGCCGCUUCCAAGGAGCGGAGCGGCGUGUCUGCUGCCGCCGUCAAGAAGGCUCUGACCGCCGGAGGAUACGAUGUGGACAAGAACAAGUCCCGCGUCAAGACCGCCAUCAAGAACCUAGUGACCAAGGGGACGCUGGUCCAGACCAAGGGGACCGGGGCCUCCGGCUCCUUCAAGAUCAGCAAGCAGGAGAAAGUCGCUCCCGCUGCCAAGAAGCCCGCAGCGAAGAAACCCGCAGCUGCCAAGAAGCCCAAAGCAGCGGCAGCCAAGAAACCUGUAGCCGCAAAGAAGUCCCCGAAGAAGGCUAAGAAACCCGCAGCGGCCAAAAAGCCCGCAGCGGUGGCCAAGAAGCCCGCAGCAGUGGCCAAGAAGCCCGCAGCAGUGGCCAAGAAACCCGCAGCAGUGGCCAAGAGCCCAAAGAAGGCCGCAAAGAGCCCCAAAAAGCCCUUGAAGAGCCCCACCAAGGUUGCGAGGAAGCCCCCCACAGCCAGGAAGACCCCCGUCAAGAAGGCUGUGAAGCCCAAAGCCAAGAAAGCAGCACCCAAGAAGAAGUGAGCUGCUCUCAGGCUGGACAACUACGCUCCUAUAAAAGGCUCUUUUAAGAGCCACCCACACCAUCUUUAAGAGUAUUUUCCUUUUAUUAUUCUCAUUAACAGCAGCCACAUUUAUGCUGAGGUGUUUGUAGAAUGACGGGUGUUUUGGCUCCUGUGCCCAAAGCUCACACCAUCGCUCAACGCAAAGUUAAACUUGUAAAUGAAAAUAAUUAACUCUUACGACGUCCGAUAAAACGACUUCUCCAUGAUGACUCCAAGCUAGUCUUUGGUCAUCUUUUAUAAUAUAUCAUCUUAACAUUCUAUAUAAACAUCUAAAGGUUACUUUCAAUACAAAUCCUUUAUGACUCAUUUGGCUUG